AUGGUUUUUGGUUUUGGUAAAGAUAAAGACGACGAUAAAAGAGAUAACGAUUCUUAUGGAUCAAGAAAUGAUGACGAUUCAUAUGGAUCCAAUUCAAGAAAAAACGAUUCUUAUGGAUCAAGAAAUGACGAUGAUUCAUAUGGUUCAUCCAAGAAAGAUUCCUAUGGAUCCUCAAGAAAUGACAAUGAUUCUUACGGUUCAGGUAACUCCGAUUCCUAUGGUGUAAAGACCGAUUCAUACAGCUCAACCGAUUCUUAUGGAUCUUCAAGAAAUGAUGAUUCUUAUGGUUCAUCAAACAAAGAUUCUUAUGGUUCAUCAAACAAAGACUCAUAUGGUUCAUCAAACAGUGAUUCUUAUGGAUCCUCAAACAAAGAUUCUUACGGAUCUUCAAGAAACGAUGACUCUUACGGCUCAUCAAACAGUGAUUCUUACGGCUCAUCAAACAGUGAUUCUUACGGCUCAUCAAGAAACAAUGAUUCUUAUGGUUCUUCAAGAAACGAUGAUUCCUACGGUUCUUCAAGAAAUGAUGACUCCUACGGUUCAUCAAACAAAGGUUCCUAUGGUUCCUCAAGAAAUGAUGAUUCUUAUGGUUCAUCAAACAGUGAUUCUUACGGAUCCAGAAAUAGUGAUUCCUAUGGAUCUUCAAGAAAUGAUGAUUCUUAUGGAUCUAGAAACGACAGAAACGACCGUUCCGAUUAUUAG